AUGUUAUGGAGACCAAUAAAUGGUGAAAUAUUGAAAAUAAAUAUUUUUUUUCAGGAAAAAAGUGAAGAAAAAAUUACUGAAUUGAAACAAAUCAAUAGAAAUUUGAGUCAGAUUCCACUCGACUUUCAAAAAGUAAUUCAAAAUCAAGAGACAAUAAUCAAUCGUGUCGAAUUAAUGGAAAAAAAAUUUGAGAAUCAAAUUCAAGGCAUGACAAAUUUAAUACAAGAAAAAUUUAUGAAUCAUCAUCAUCAAAAUGAGUCUGUUGAUAUCUCUUCAAACAACUUUGUCAAAUCUCAAGACAAGACAAUCCAAAAUGAUCGAAUAGAAAAGUUUUUUGAAAAUUCUUGGCUAAAUCAAUCCCAACGAAAGGAAUUAAUACCAUCCAUACGAAAGCAUGAAUCACAAUUCAAAAAAAAUCCAACGACUGAAAUAAAAAGAGUCGAAUUGAUUGAAGUGGAUGACGAUGAUGAUGAUAAUGAUAACAAUAUGGAAGUCUCCACUGCAAAUAGUGAUGAAAUUUUCAAAUCAUCACAAUUGGAUUCUUUGUCUCAUUUGCCUUCUGUGAGUAACGAUUCCACGGUAAAGCGUCGUAGCGAAGAUUCAAUUUCACGAGAAAAUGAUGCUGGAAAAUCACGACGUUUCAAAGAAAAUGAUGGCAAUAUUGGAUCCGUAAACUUACAAUCCAAUGAGCAUUCCGGUAUAAUGGCCGCUACGCAGUCUAAUUAUGUAGCGAAGACCGAGAAUUCUGGACUUAAAAUCUUCGACUCUAACAAUGUGAUACAAUCUCGCCUAAAUAAACAAUCCACAUCGAAACCAAGAAUAAUCCUUCCAUCUCAAGAUCGACUAAUUCCUUUAAAAGAUAAAAUCGACGAAAUACCCGAAAAUUUCAUGUUGCCAUCACGUAAAAGUCGAUCAAAAAUUGAAGAUUUUUCUCAAUUAUACUCAUCUUUAGAUAUUUCAUACGACGAUUUAUAAGUGUAUUUUUUUAUAAAAUUGAAAAUUUAUUUU